AUGGCUCCCAGCCAUAGCCCGCCGUCGGACGAUGAGAAGGCCUAUGUUGAGCCAGCCGAGUAUUCAGAUGGGGGCCGCCGUGACUCUGCCCUCAUCCCCGAUCCCGACGAAGGAAAGAGUGAUGAAGAGAAGGCUAAGAUUGACAAGGCGCUCCUGUGGAGGCUCGAUUACAAGCUGAUCCCAUGGCUCUGCUUCCUCUACCUGAUCUCCUUCCUGGACAGGACGAACAUUGGCAAUGCUAGAAUCGCUGGUCUCACGACCGACCUCAACAUGACGGACGGACAAUAUAGAGCCUCUCUGACCAUCUUCUUCGUCUCGUACUCGGUGGCCGAGCCGCUCACCAACGUUCUUCUCAAACGAAUGCGGCCGAGUAUCUUCCUCCCGAUCAUCAUGUUGCUUUGGGGAGUUUGCAUGACGGCUAUGGGCCUGGUGCAUAACUAUGAAGGUCUCAUGGCAGCUCGUUUCUUCCUUGGUUUGACCGAAGCCGGCCUCUUUCCAGGUGUGAAUUAUUAUCUUUCGUGCUGGUACAGGCGAUCCGAGUUCGGCAUUCGCGCCGCCGUCUUCUUCUCCGCAGCUGCUAUAGCCGGUUCCUUUGGCGGUCUCCUCGCAGCAGCAAUCGCACAGAUGGAUGGCAUUGGCGGCAAGCCCGGCUGGGCCUGGAUCUUCAUCCUCGAAGGCCUAGCCACCAUCAUCGUUGGCGUGGUCUCUUAUUGGAUGGUCCACGAUUUCCCCGACGAAGCUACUUUCCUCUCGCCCGACGACCGCGCCCGCGUUAUCCGUCGCUUGAAAGCGGAUAAGCAGUCGUCAGCCGAGCACGAGGAUUUCAAGAUGGCCUACCUUUGGGCGUCGGUCAAGGACCCCAAGACCUAUCUCUACUCCACCAUCUACAUGGGCGCCGUCGGUGCCUUGUACGCCUUCUCGCUGUUCCUGCCGACCAUCAUCCGAGAGUUGGGCUACACGUCCACUACGGCGAAUCUGCUAAGUGUGCCGCCGUAUGCCUGUGCUUGUGUUUUGACAAUCGUGAUCGGCUGGCUGGCGGACCGCACGGGGAAGAGAGGGUUGUUCAACAUGGGCAUCCCGUUACUAGGCAUCAUCGGCUUCACGAUGCUCAUCGCGUCCUCAAACCCGAACAUCAAGUAUGCGGGUACAUUCCUUGCCGCGCUCGGCAUCUAUCCGUGCAUCCCGAACACGAUCUCGUGGGUGUCGAAUAACAUCGAGGGCGUGUAUAAGCGCGGCGUUACACUCGGGAUCGUCAUUGGAUGGGGUAACCUGAACGGUGUUGUGAGCAGCAACAUUUUCCGAACACAAGACGCUCCCAGGUUCUUCUUGGGCCAUGGCGUGGUACUCGCGUACAUUGGCAUUUGUCUGCUUGGAGGCAGUAUCGCGACUCACCUGUAUCUACAGCUGGAGAAUCGGAAGAGACUUGGUGGGAAGAGGGAUAUGUGGAUCGAGGGCAAGUCGCGCAAGGAGAUUGAGCUGCUUGGCGAUAGAAGACCAGAUUUUAUAUACCGAACGUAG